AGUUAAAAGGGUAUAUUUAUUUUUUUCCUAUCUAAAAGCAACUACCGGAUACCCAACAACCCGACCCAUGAUUCUCAACCCGGAUGGACCCGAAUACCCAAAUAAACAAAGGCUAUUUCUGCAGAAAACAUCCUUAAUAGGAUAAGGCUUUCUCCUUCCUUCAACAAAAUUUCUCCAUUCCCAUGAAUCCUUCUUCCUUCACUUCUUAACACCAACAAAGAAAAAGAACCCUAAAUUUCCUCACUCUUCAUCCUACUUAAAAUGGGUUCCAUUGUUUUGCCUCAGGCAUUAUUUGUGGUUCCAAGAAACCCCACAAAGUGUAUUCCACAGAAGCUUUCAGUUUCUGCCUGUGUUUUCCGAACACCUUCUCAGUUGAAUGUAUCACUGUUUUCGACUUCUGGGUUGUGCUGUUCAAAGUGGGAAAGUCGCUCUUUUGUUGUUAGAGCUGAGGCUGAAUCCCAAGAAGAACCCGAAGUUGCUGAGACAGAGGUCCCCGAAGAAACUGAGGUUGAAGCUGAAGCUGAAGGGGCAGUUGCAGUUGCAACAGAGGAAAGGCCGGCAUUUAAGCCGAGAGUUAAGCUUGGAGAUAUUAUGGGGAUAUUGAACAAGCAAGCAAUCGAGGCAUCAGAUACUGUGAGGCCUACACCAGACAUUAGGACUGGUGACAUUGUUGAGAUUAAAUUGGAAGUCCCAGAGAAUAGGAAGAGGUUGUCUAUAUACAAAGGUAUAGUGAUAUCAAAACAGAAUGCUGGUAUACACACGACGAUUCGCAUCAGGAGGAUUAUUGCAGGUGUUGGAGUUGAAAUCGUGUUCCCAGUUUAUUCGCCAAAUAUCAAGGAGCUCAAAGUAGUCAAGCAUCGAAAAGUCAGGCGGGCAAGAUUGUACUAUUUGCGCGACAAGCUUCCUAGGCUCUCAACUUUCAAAUGAGAGAGCCCUUUAGCUGGCAGGCUAAAAUGCUGCUAUAUUAGAGUGGCAACAAGAAACACAAGUCCAUGUAGCUAUAUUUGGUUUCUCUUAAGGUCUGAAUAUUGCUGUUCCUUUCUCUUUUGGCAAUUGAAAGUUUUUCAAAUGUAAUUUACAUCAGACAUUGUUGAAUAGGUUUUAUUCAUUCUUUUUUUGUGUAGUCA